AUGGAUGUUCCUAGCUCUUGGGAUGCUCUACGGAAACAGGCUAGAAAGAUUGAAGCUCAGCUUGACGAGCAGAUGCAUUCAUAUCGUAGACUUGUUUCCACAAAGGCUUUAAAGUCAGAUGGUACAGAGAGUGAUCUUGAAGCUGGGAUUGACUUACUUCUUAGGCAACUGCAACAAGUCAAUGCGCAGAUGAAAGCAUGGGUAUCUUCUGGUGGAUCAGAAAUGGUCUCACAUACUUUAACUCGGCAUCAAGAGAUCCUUCAAGAUCUCACUCAGGAGUUUUAUCGGCACCGCUCCAGUCUUAGAGCUAAACAAGAGCAUGCUUCACUUCUUGAGGACUUUAGAGAAUUUGAUCGGACUAGAUUAGACUUAGAAGAGGGGGAUGAACAUGCCUUGCUCAAGGAACAUGUGGGAAUCAACCGCAAUACAGCACAGAUGGAUGGUGUCAUUUCACAAGCUCAAGCGACACUUGGUACACUUGUGUUUCAACGUUCAACUUUUGGAGGCAUCAACUCAAAGCUUAGCAAUGUCACCAGCCGUCUACCCACGGUGAACACUAUCCUGUCAGCGAUAAAGAGGAAAAAGUCGAUGGAUACGAUUAUUCUUUCGCUCGUUGCGGCUGUAUGCACAUUUCUCAUAUUCAUCUACUGGUUAACCAAGUAA